AUGCGUAUAGAAACGUGUUAUUUUUGUUCAUCUCGGAUUUAUCCGGGACAUGGGAUUCAGUUUGUAAGAAACGAUUGCAAAAUAUUUAAAUUUUGUCGCUCAAAAUGUCAUGCUGCUUUCAAGAAGAAGAAAAAUCCAAGAAAGGUCAGAUGGACCAAAGCAUACAGGAAAACUGCUGGCAAAGAAUUGACAGUGGAUCCAUCAUUUGAAUUUGAGAAGAAAAGGAACAUACCAAUUAAAUAUAACAGAGAAUUAUGGAAUAAUGUAUUUGAAGCAAUGAAGAAAGUAGAGACUAUCAGGCAGAAGAGGCAAAAUCUAUACAUAAUGCAGCGAUUACGGAAAGGACGCGAGAUAGAAAGAGAAAGAGACAUUAAAGAAGUUCAACGCGAUUUAUCUCUUAUAAGGUCACCAGCUGCAGGACUUAAAGAAAGGAAAAAAUUAGAAGAAAUUGCAGAACAAGAAGAAAGGAUGCAAGAAUCCAAUGAUGAAGAAGUACCACAGGAAAUAGAAAUGAAUUAG